CCACAGAGAAAAGAGACGGAACAAGGAAGCGCAAAACCCAAUCAGGGUGGGUGAGAAUUGAGAAAAUCGAAGGAAGGGGAAAGGCGAUGAGCUGAUAACGACGAGGAGCAGCUAGCGUCGCGAAGCCGCUGAGCCCCAGCGCGAAGAAAGCGAGCGCACACCACAGGCCGCCGCAGCGGCAGCGGCGCCGGCGCCCACCCGAUCCGCCGCCGCCGCCGCAGGCGACCGCGUGCUCACGCCUCCGGUCGGAAGGGGGGGGGGCAAAUCCAUGGAGCAGCCCGCCGCUUCCGAUCGGAGCGAUGUCCCGGCCGGGGAGUGCGAAUGGCGGGAGGAGCUGCGGCAGCAGCAGUCGCAGGUGGACGCGCUGCGGGAGCGGCUCGUGGAGGUGAAGGUCGGGAUGCGGUGCUCCGACGGCGACUCCCGGAGGGAGCUCGACCACCUGUGCCGCAGGGUGAAGACCAUCGCCACGCUGCUGGCGUACCUCAAGUCCAAGGCGAGGAUCAUGGCGAUACCGCACCUCGCGCACACCUCCUGCGGGAUCAGGCAGCAGGAGGGCGUCGGGUACGUCGACCGGCACGGGGUGCCGCUGGCGGACUGGCCCAAGGGCAGCGCCGAGCCUGCGCCCUCCGGGGGAGGUUCCGGUGAUGGGACCGCGGCGGAGGGCGGUGCUGCUCCUCCUGUGCACGGCGAUGCCGCUGGGGGUGAUGUGGAUGUGGAUGACAUUCUCAAAUCCAUCCGCGUGGUGACUGAUGUGAUGGAGUCGCUUGUGAAGAGGGUGAUUGUGGCUGAGUCUGAAGCUGCUAAUGAGAAAGAGAAGGUGAGGAUGGGGUUGGAAGAGAUCAGGAGAAAGACGUUGCAGGUCGAGACUAUGUCUGCCAAAGUCGAGGAGAUGGAGAAGUUUGCGGUGGGUACGAAUGGGAUGUUGAAUGAGAUGAGGCAAAGGGUUGAGGAUAUGGUGCUGGAGACCACUCGGCAGAGACAGCGGGCUGCUGAGAAUGAGCAGGAGCUUAGUCGGGUAAAGCAGGAUUUUGAGUCACUGAGAACUUAUGUUAGCACUCUGGUUAGUGUCAGGGAAACUCUUCUCUCAUCAGAAAAGCAAUUUGAAACAAUGGAGAAACUCUUUGACAGAUUAGUUGCCAAGACUAACCAGCUCGAGAGUGAGAAAGCUCAGAAAGAAGCUGAAGUCCACAAGGUGAUGGAGGAGAAUGUGAGGCUACGCGCUAUGCUUGACAAGAAGGAGGCGCAGCUCCAGGCGAUGAGUGAGCAGUGCAAGUUUAUGGCGCUGAAUCACCACAACUAGCAGGCAAUGGGCCUGAGGCUGCUACCCUCACCCUACUGAUGUACCUUACAAAUUACAUUUACAUUGUUGAUUGUUGUAAUAGAGAAAGAAGAAAGAAAGAAAGAAAGAAGAGAUGCCGUGGGAUACAACUCAUGCCGAGGCCUGAGUUUCAUGGCUGUAAUUCUUGGUGCAAACAAUUGUUUCUUUAGGUGUGCUGCUCUCCUGAACUGUAACUCUGACAUAUUUUUUUUUCAUGAUAAACAAGGUGUGUAGAAUACCCGGUGCCA